CGCAGGGAGAGGGCGGGCCCUGGUGGCUAACAAUAACCGGAGCUCGGUCUGCUGUGGAAGAAGCAGGAGGGAGACGGAGCGGAGCGGAGCCGGCAGCAGAGCACGCUUCCCUGGAUACAUGAGCCCCACGUUUACCCCCAACACUCUGGUUUUUCAGUCAACCUCCGGAGCAGCGGCUGCAGGUUCAAUCUGUCCACCAGCCUUUCAGUGAGAGGACCGACCCAGAGACGACAUUAACAGGAGCGGUCGGCUGCAGCUGAGCUGAAGAUGUCCGAUAAUGGGGAGGUCGAGGACAAGCCCCCAGCUCCGCCCAUGAGGAACACCAGCACCAUGAUUGGCUCCUGCAACAAGGACCCCGCCCCCCUCAACCACAGCUCCAAGCCCCUCCCUCCCAACCCGGAAGACAAGAAGAAGAAAGAUCGCUCGAUCCGAUUCAUCCUGACCGGAGGAGGCGAUAAGACCUAUAAGAAAAAGGAGCGUCCAGAAAUUUCUCUGCCAUCCGACUUUGAACACACCAUCCAUGUGGGCUUUGAUGCUGUUACCGGGGAGUUUACUGGCAUGCCGGAGCAGUGGGCCCGGCUCCUGCAG